CUCAGCAUUGUUUUCUGCUUUACACCUGCAUAUCACGCCAUUUAUUCUAUAGGGCACCGUACAGAUGGUGAGGGAGUCUGCAUGACGGGGGCCCUCUGGAUCAGAACUGCUUUUGUCUGAAAUUCCAAACUGCUCUUUGUAGCAAGACUGUUGCCGCUACCCGUGGGUUUCCCCCAAAUGCUCCAAGGAUUCGCCAGGCACAUAGAGGUUUCAUCAGAAGACAUAUUUAUUUGGCUAACACACACACCGAGCAGACCGCAACACUAUGCGUCUGCUCACCUCUCCCCCUCCACUCUCAACUGAGCCCUUUUAUGAGGGUGGCCUCGGCUGCUGACUGAUUGCCAAUCACCAGCAGUCGAGGCCAAAUUAGAGACAGCUGCCACACUCUUCUUUAAACAAUGCACAGCUACAAAUAAACGUUUGCUUGUGUUCUCUUCUCUAGUUUGGAUACAUAUUUAGAAAGUGAGGAUUAGAGCAGCGGAGGUGUUACGUGGGAAAAGGUAAGAUGCAAAUGCAUGAAAUAAACACCUUAUCGUUGCGGGACAACAAUGGAGUGUUUGACAGGUAAAGCCAUUUAACAAUACCACAUGAAAGUAUAAACUGUGUUUGAACCGCUUGUGUGGGUUUAAAUAUAUAAAAUGUUUCUUUAAUCUCUCUUAUGUACAAAGCUCUUUUACACGCCUGAAAAAGACUUCAUAUGGCUUACCAUUCAUUUAAGUUAUUUACAUAAUAUUUAAUUAUAACCUGAAAAAGAGGCAUAUAGUCUGACUCUAUAUAUAUCAUUUGUUAUAAGAAGAAGAAAAUAAAGAAGCCAAUCAUUCCCUUAAGAUCACAACGUUUGGUGUUAUUUCGAUACCACAUAUACUAAAAAGAUCACAACGUUUGUCACGUACAAAAUAUAAGUACCAGGUCUUCUUGAAUUGGUUUUGGUGCCAGGCGAACACAUAAUAUCCUCAGUGUUCUGUGUUGUGUGAAGCUGAUUGAAUAUUCAGAGGCUGAACUAUAUGCUUCCUAUGAGCCAUUCCCUUUCAGACUAAACAGGUGGUUGAUUUAAAAGAGUUUUAUUAUGAGUGCCUCUUUUCCCCUCGGGGACAUUCAAAGAAGCCAUAAGCCUUAAGUCAGUGAAGUUAUGAGAACUUGCAAAGACUAGAUGACUUAACUUUGUAUUACAUAUUCACACACUGACACCUGCUCCAUGACAAGUGGGAUUUCCUCCAACAAUUGACAGCUGAGCUUUAUAUAUUAAACUGCAGACACUGCGAUAUGUGUGCAGGCAAUACAUCUCACAUUGAAAUAAGUACACGUCAACUGAAUAAACUGCUGGCACUAACACAUUCCUCAGUACAUUAAAAAGUAAUUGUCUUGUCAAAUACAAAUUAAAAUGCCUUGUAUACUCUUUGAACUUGUUGCCCGUGCAUGUGCACGUCAACAACAACACACAGCGUCGAUGAAGCACGUUUAGAGCUGGAAUAACAGCCCCACAGGCUGCAGACAGGCUCAGCGCAUUCAUGGACAACACAACACCGCCUUUACCUUUCUCAGCAGUUUGAGCACUUCGGCUGCCUGCUCCAUCCUCUGCUCCCGGAGGAGCCUCUGGAUGUCCCGGAUCCACGCCACCCGCCGGACAUAAGGGCUGUGGUUGUUUUUCCGCAGCAUCCCCGGGAGCUUGUCGGACUUGAGCAUCAAGGAGGCGCUGUCUGGAUUUCACUGGACACCUCAUUCUCUGGGUUGGGGAUCUACAGGAUUGUCCGUGAACUUAUUUCUUCUUCACACUGGAUUUGAGCUGGUAGCAGCUUCUCUUUUUACCAAAGUCUGAGGAAAAAACAGCAUUCUCCACAAAACAAGGGGCUGUCAAGAUGUUCCUUCAGCACCAGCAACCCUCGGCACUGGCAACGCAAAUAAAUGGGAAUUGAAUCAACUUUAGGUAAACUUAACGGAAGACCAACCAAACUGUGUGACCUUACUAAACUUAAUGUGCACCGACAAAAAGAAACCCACUGCCAACAAUGCUAAAUGCAGCAUGAUGUCUUCAUUUGUCCGUCUGCUGAUUUAUGUGCAAGUGAAAAAAGUUUUAAAAAGCAGCCAAUUCUGUAAAAAGGAGAACAAAAAGUGUAAACUAUUAAAUAAAACUGACAUUUAAGCCAUCUUAAAUGCAUCUUGUGUCUCCAGACUGAUGCAGCAAACUGCGAGAUGUUUCGGUGCAGGAGGUGACGGAGUUGACAGCCAGGAGGACGCUCCAGGAGCAGACAAGGCGAUCAUUGCGGCACUGGCGAUGCUGCUGCUUGCAUCGGUCGGCACAUUCGUGGGCGUCUUCUUUGCUGUCAGGAGUAGGAAGCAACCGGGUGAGCAGGUGUACCUGAAGGCAGCUGUGGCGGCAGAUGCUGGGCCGUGUUCAGAGGUCGGCAGAGACAUACUGAAAAGGGGGGGGUCUGCAGUAGACGCCUCUAUAGCUGCAUUCCUGUGCAUUGGACUUAUGAAUGCUCACAGUAUGGGCAUCGGAGGAGGACUUUUCUUCACAAUCUACAACGCCAAAACUGGGAGGGUUGAAACCAUUGAUGCCAGGGAGACGGCGCCACGCAAUGCAACACAGAACAUGUUCGGGAAUAGCACAGACCUAUCCCAGAAAGGAGGGUUGUCUAUUGCUGUACCGGGGGAGAUUCGAGGUUAUGAGAUGGCACACAGACGACACGGCAAACUGCCUUGGAAGGACUUGUUCCAGCCAAGCAUUGAGCUUGCAGAAAAAGGUUUUCCUUUGGGCAGGGCACUUGCCUCAGCUUUGUCCAGUAAGAAGAAUAUCAUCAUCCACGACGAAGCCCUGUGUGAAGUGUUUUGUGGGAAAGAUGGCUCCGUUCUGAAAGAAAAUGACACCAUCGUGUUUACCGAGCUUGCCAAAACGUAUCGUAAAAUAGCAGAAGAGGGUCCUAAUGCUUUCUACCUGGGACCGCUGGCUCAGAACCUUGUGAUGGAUAUUCAGGCAGCAGGCGGCAUCAUCACAAUGGAGGAUCUGGAGGAUUAUAAGGCCGUCUUGGAUGAGGAGCCUUUGAGGGUGGCUGUGGGGGAGUACAGCAUGGCGGUUCCCAAUGCCCCCGCCAGCGGCCCUGUGCUCUCGCUGAUACUAAACAUCUUGAAUGGGUACAACUUCACCUCAGAUAGUAUGGCAAGCACAGAGAAACAGAUCCUGACCUACCAUCGCAUCGUGGAGGCUUUUCGUUUUGCUUAUGCAAAGAGGACCUUACUUGGCGAUCCGAAGUUUCUCAACAUCACAGAUCUCAUCCAGAAUAUGACUUCCAGUUACUAUGCCGAUGAACUCCGUGAAAAGAUCACAGAUGACACCACACACCACAUGAGCUAUUACGAGCCAGAGUUCUACCUGCCCGAUGACCACGGGACCUCGCACCUCUCUGUAGUAGCAGAAGAUGGAAGCGCUGUGGCUGCCACCAGCACCAUCAACAUUUAUUUGGGCUCUAAAGUCAUGUCAAGAUCAACGGGGAUACUUCUCAACAAUGAGAUGGACGACUUCAGCUCUCCGCUUAUCACAAACGCCUUCGAAGUGCCUCCUUCACCCAACAACUUCAUCAGGCCAGGAAAAAGGCCAAUGUCUUCCAUGUGUCCAACCAUCCUCUUCGACAAGAACAACAAAGUUAAGAUGGUGGUCGGCGGCUCUGGAGGAACAAAGAUCACCACCUCAAUCGCUCAGGUGAUUCUGAAUGCUCUGUUCUUCGACUACGCCCCAAAGAAAGCUGUGAUUCAUCCAAGGCUCCACAACCAGCUGAGUCCCAACACCACUGUAGCAGAGCCGGACUUUGACAAAAGAGUCCUGGAGGGUUUGGCAUUGAAGAACCACGAGACCGAGUUCCUCAAAUCAACAGGAGCUGUGGUGCAGGCGGUGAUGCGCUUUGAAGACGGACUCCACGCUUGGUCGGAUCCUCGCAAGUGGGCGUACGCCGCAGGGUACUGAGGUCGUGAACACAGCUCUGAGCAGAGAAACUCCAUGUGAACCUUGACCCCAGAAGUAGGAGCUCAGAGACUCAAGAUUUAAUAAAGAAACGGGAACGUCAGCCGUCUUGGGCACCAAUCGGUCUCUCGUGAAGCUAGACUAACGAUCAUGUGCUGACACGCAACUCUGAUCACAGAUUGACUUUUUGCUCGUUAGUAACCGAAGCAAAGAGCCUCAGUCUGCAAUUAAUUCUGAAUAUUGACUCGUGUCUAAAGCAUUUCUAUGUCACUUCAUCAUUUCAUGGAAUUAAGAAAUGCAUGAGACACCGGAUGCUAUUUUAAGGGACAGCUUUGACGGUGUGAACUAAAUACUGAUGAUAAUUAUAAAUAUGUACAAUUCAUACCUAUUUAUGAAGUACUUAAAAAAGAAAGAAAUCAUUAGCAGUGUAAAGCUGUUUCCCAUUGUUUUUGUCCAGACGUGAGUAAUUAGAAAACUCACCUUCUAAUUAAAUAUAUAUCCACUGAAAGAAUUAACCAAAACUAACAGACCUCAAAUUAGUUUUAAAAUCAUUUUUUAAAAAUUGUUUAACUGUUAUAUAGGGUAAAGGCAAAGCAAGGGAGGUAUGUCAAGCAAGUAAAGGGCCAAUACAAAUUCCUAUUUAAUGACUAUAGUAAUUUCCCACAAGCGCAACGGCCUGUAAUGACCCCACAAUAACGUUGCAGCUGUUGCCGCUUGGAUUCAGGGCUUUUCUUUUCUCAGCUGGAAUGUCAAUGUUACAUAAUUACUGAUAUGAUUCUGCUUUUAUCAAUUGUUUUGCUACAAAUGACAGAUUUACGUGUGAUGGAAAGUAUUAUGAUAAGUGGUUAAACAUUCCCAACUCUCAUAUUUAUUUAAAAGCAAAAAUGAAGGACAAUCUGCAUGUGAAUGGAUCAUUUAUUUGAUUGUUUUUUAAAAUCAGAUAGAUACAAAAGUUUUCUAUUUUACAUGUUUCACUUGAAAUUUUGAUGCUGCUAUUAAUUAUUAAAGCAUACCACUGGAUACAAGUA